UCUAGUUGUGUGAAAUUCUUUUAUUUCAUACUUAGCUAGAAUAUACCUUGAACCGGAGAAUCGGAUAAUUAGUUUUUGCCAAAUAUUUAGAAGAAGUACAUCCAAAAAAUAAUUUAAAAUUGAAAAGAGUUAUUCUGUGAAUUUUCUGUAUCAAUUAUCUACUUGCACUCAGGUAAAAAUACAUAAAAUAAUAGCGAAGAAGAGAAACACUGGAUCCAUUUGCCAGCUUCAUCGGUUUUUAUUUUACAAUCAAUCAUCUACCGCGGGCGGUGUGGUGAUACGGACGAAAGCAACUGUCUUGAUUGUUACAGCUAUUUUGUGAAAAGUCUAACAUCAUGGACGAAGAAUAUGAUGCCAUUGUUUUGGGUACCGGAUUAAAAGAAUGUAUUUUGAGUGGAAUGCUUUCGGUAAGUGGGAAAAAAGUGCUUCACAUGGAUCGUAAUAAAUACUAUGGAGGUGAAAGUGCUUCAAUUACUCCCUUGGAAGAACUUUUUGCUAAAUAUAACAUGCCUGCUACUCAGCUUGAAGAGUAUGGAAGAUCUAGGGACUGGAAUGUAGAUCUCAUUCCAAAGUUUUUGAUGGCCAAUGGUCAACUGGUGAAGCUUCUAAUACACACUGGCGUCACUAGGUAUUUAGAAUUCAAAUCUGUUGAGGGAAGUUAUGUAUAUAAAGGUGGAAAAAUCUAUAAAGUACCAGCUGAUGAAAAAGAGGCUUUAGGAUCAAGUUUGAUGGGUAUGUUUGAGAAGAGAAGGUUUCGAAAUUUCUUAGUCUAUGUUCAAGAAUUCAAUCAGAAUGAUCCCAAGACUUUCAAGGACAUUGACUGUCAUUCUACCACCACUGCUCAACUGUAUGAAAAGUUUGGUCUUGACAAGGAUACCGCUGAUUUUACUGGGCAUGCAUUAGCUCUAUACCGAGAUGAUGAUUAUCUUGCAAAGCCUUGUCUAGAAACCAUCAACAGAAUAAAAUUGUAUAGUGACUCACUGGCUCGUUAUGGAAAAAGUCCAUAUCUCUACCCUCUUUAUGGUCUUGGUGAACUUCCACAAGGGUUUGCUAGACUCAGUGCUAUUUAUGGUGGUACAUACAUGUUGGACAAACCCAUUGAUGAACUUGUAAUGGAAAAUGGCAAGGUAGUUGGUGUGCGCUCUGGUGGUGAGACUGCCAGAUGUAAGCAAGUCUACUGUGACCCAUCUUAUGUUCCUGAUAAAGUUGAAAAAAUUGGACAGGUUGUGCGUUGCAUAUGUCUUUUGAAUCACCCCAUUCCAAAUACAAAGGAUGCUUUGUCAUGCCAGAUUAUCAUUCCACAAAAACAAGUUGGCAGGAAAUCAGAUAUCUAUGUAUCUCUUGUUUCUUAUACUCACCAAGUAGCAGCUAAAGGAUGGUUUGUUGCCAUGGUGAGCACAACAGUUGAAACUGAAAAUCCAGAACAAGAGAUUAAGCCUGGUUUAGACCUCUUGGGACCAAUUAAACAAAAGUUUGUGUGGGCUAGUGACUGCUUUAAACCCAAGGAUUUAGGUGAAGAAAGUCAGAUAUUCAUAUCCGAGUCGUACGAUGCCACAUCACAUUUUGAAACUACUUGCUUAGAUGUGCUAGACAUCUUCAGACGUGGCACCGGCGAAGAUUUUGACUUUUCUAAAGUGAAACAUGAUCUGGGAGAUGAGCAAGAAUAAAAAAAAAACAUGUCCUUUGAAAAAGUAUUGCAGUAACACUAUCUUGCUGAUGCUGUUUUUACCCUGUCUUAUAUUAUCUGGCAGGGUACAAUUGAGCAUAGGCUUCUGUCAUUUUUUGGGUGAUGAACAUCAACCGCUUUUUUGUCAGUAAACUUAACAACAAUCAAAUUCGGAAAAAAAUAAAAUAAAAUUGCAACUGUUUUUUCUUCAGAUUAUCUGAAUGCUGUCAAUAUAAUUUUUCUUUUUGACAUUGUGGUAUGUAGUAAUGUGUCUUUAACAAUUAAGAUCAGUGAAUAGAUUUAAAAGAAAACAAAUUUUUACAGAAUAGCAAGAAAAAAAAAUAUCAUCUGUGUUAUAGUUUGGAUAGGAAAUAUGCGUCUGCUUGUUGCUCAAAUGUAAAAGCUGAUUGUUGAUUUCACCCAGAAUGUAUUUCUUGUCAAUUUGAUUAAUGAUUGUAAACUAUAUAUAUUGUUAUGAUUAUAUUAUAAAACAUAAAAAUUCCAAAGCUAUCAGUUUUUUGUGAUAAUUAUUUGUCAAAUUCUGUGAUUGUUUUGUGGCACCUUUGAGGGUACUUCCCUAAAUACACUUCAGCUUUGCUCUGUAUGUCAUCAGAAUUCUUAAUAAAAGGCACAUUGGUGACUCUAAA